AUGGCGGCUGAGGAGGCCAAGAAGGUGGAGGUGGAGACCACCACGGCCACCAAGGACAUCGCCGAGGAGAAGGCCAUCGUGCCCGUGCCCGUGCCCGACAACUCCAAGGCCAUCGUCGCCGUCGUCAAGGAUGCUGAAGGUACAAGAGGUUCAUCUGAAAGAGAUGCUUAUCUCACCAAGAUUAUGUCUGAGAAGAGGACGACGCUGAUCAACGCCUGGGAGGAGAGCGAGAAGGCGAGAGCCGAGAACAGGGCGGCCAAGAAUCUGUCCUUCAUCACUUCAUGGGAGCAUGCCAAGGAAGCCGAGAUGGAGGCCGAGCUGAAAAAGAUCGAGGAGCAACUGGAGAAGAAGAAAGCAGCAUACAAGGAGAAGCUGAAGAACAAGCUCGCGAUGCUCCACAAGUCGGCUGAGGAGAAGAGAGCCAUGGCGGAGGCGAAGCGAGGUGAGGAGAUAAUCAUGGCGGAGGAGAUGGCCGCCAAGUACCGUGCCAAAGGCGAGGCUCCGACGAAGCUCUUUGGGCUCCUGAAAGCAUGA